UCAACCUUCGGACUCAGCCCACCACCAUCGGGUUGUUGAUGCUCCACUGGCCUCCUUCAGGCUUUCCAGGCUAGGUAUUCUCUUCACAAUCAUUCUUGCGCCCCGUCGUAUCCUAUCCGCUCGCUAUAUAUACCCUCGCACGUCGUUUCUCGGCACUUGAUAAGUCCUGCACGUGCUGGCCCAGUCCGGAUCACUCUCGCCAUGACCUCCAAGGCACCUGGGCAGACCGCCCCUGAGCAAGAGCCAAGUUGUUAUAAUUGUGGCGUCAAGGGACACUGGGCAUUUGCUUGCCCAGAGCCUACUCGAGACGUGCCUGUAGGUUUACAAAGAUAUAAGGAACAUGGCAACCAUGAGCGGGGUGGCCCGUCCAGAGACAGAAAAGGCCCAAUUGUCACACACUAUCCCCCGCCUCCACACCAAGCACCACCAACCGUCCCAUAUGGCCCGUCGCCGCCACCUCCCUUCCCUCCUGGUGUUACACGACCACCGCCUCCCCCUACACCACAAGGGUACUCGCCGGCUGGCUACCCCCCCAACCCCUAUCCUGGAGGCUACCAACCACCCCCUCCAUUGCCUCAUUACGGACAAUAUCCAACACCCCCACCUCCGCCGCCCCAGUAUGCCCAGCAAUCCCCAUACGGGCAGCCUUCUUACCCGGCACAGUAUCCUCCUCCUCCGGCCGGUUACUAUGCUCCUAGCGCCGUUCCACCACCGGCCCCACCUCCAUCAUCCUAUCCCCCAGGCACAUAUCCGCCUCAACAAUAUGGAUUACCGCCGCCGCCGCCGCCGCCGGCCCCCUCUUCGGCAGCUUAUUCAUCUCAUUAUCCGCCUCAACCUCCUCCCCCGCCACCGCCGCCGCCCCCUCCCGGUGCGUUCCAUUACUCUCCAAGCCAACCACCGCCGUACGCCCCACCCCAGCCCCAAUACACCCCCCCUCCUGGCUGGGCUCCAUCCCAGGCUGGGCCACCACUCUCAGCGAACCAAACCCCACUCGGCGCUCCGCGUGGCAGGCACCAAAAGCACCAAGGGCCCAAACGUCCGCAGCACCACCGUGGCAAAGACCGCCAGGCAAGCGAGAAACACGGAAAGGGCGGCUCUCGUCAUGAACGCCGAGGACGGCGGUCCAGCCGGUCCGAACAACACACAAGGGUUGACGACCCACACGAAACAACGGACGGCGUCGAGAAGCCAAACCCAGCCCCCGAAGAGGUAUCGGGUGGGAAGGAAGGGAAUGGUGCUCCCGGGUGGGAUCCCCAAAUAGAGGAAGAGCUAAGGCUGGUUUUCCCGGAGAUCAAAACCAACCCUGCUGACCCUGUUGGCAUUCCCAUCCCUGUUGAGUACAGCGACGAUCCGACAAUUCCGCCAGCAUACAAUGCCACCUGUGUGAAAUCCGAGUUCUUCCAUGAGGACAACCAGAAAGACUUUGUGCGGUCCAUUAGGGAGCAUCCCUCUUGGCCCACGCUUCGGGAUGACCCGGUCUUCAAGCACUACCCGGGAAUGGCGACGCGGCGCUUUCCCGAUUGUGAGCAUGAGUUCCCCACUUAUGAUCCUUCGGAACGACCGCCUUCGUCAUCAGCCAUCAAGCUGCCGCCCCCGUUUAGAAUCGACCGGCCAGCAAAGACGACGAACAGGGUCGGAGUCGACGAAAGUUGGAGGGAUGGUCGCAGUAACCAUGCCCAAACCCAAUCGCCUCGAAACCGCCAGCACGAUGACGUAGGCCGCGAUCGAUUCCACGGAGACGACAGGGACGAACCCUCCCGCCGAAAGCGGUCAUUCGAUGCCGGUUCGGAAAAUGGCCGAGACGACCGGGGCCUGAAACGGAGUCGACGGUGGUCUCAACAUCAAAGGAACAGGUCACUGGAGAACCACAACCGGGCCAUUUCUCCACGUCCACGUAGCAUAUCCCCGCCAAAGUUCAAUCUCGAGGUCGACCCGUGGUCCCCGCAGGCAGGAGAGACUAACUGCAAGGCUUCCGAUGAUCGUCGUCACGCCGGUGCCUCCAUUGACGCUAAGCACUCCCCUCGACGGGAGGAGAGGAUGAGUUACGCCGAUAAGCGGCAUGAUAGCGGUUACCACAGCGGGCAGUCUCUCCAUAAGAGCGCACCACGGUACCGCGAUGAUGACCGGGAGCGGCGUCGGAGCUCGGACCGGUCGUAUCGGAAGCGCAGGUCGCCGUCUCGAAGCCGAAGCCGCAGUCGUGGCCGGUACCGGAGCCGUAGCCGAGCCACAACCCCGAGCAGAAGCGCCCGCAGCCGCAGCGAGUCCCCUCUUGAUGACCUCGAGGCCGGUCUUCUAGGUCUCGUUCGGGACUCGAGUGAACCGGAAUCCAAACCUGUGCCCAAGAAGCCGAUCAAGAGAGUCAAGGUGGCGGCGGCUUUUGGUCGGCGCUGGUAACCAACGGCUUCCCAGUCUCGCGGGCCCAGUGGCCUUUUGGCUUGAGAUCACGAGUUAUUAUGGUUCCAUUGCUUUAAUCUGCAUGUCCGGAUAUGGUGUCUACAGCAUAUCGAGAUCCAGCACUAUACAGGCGUUCCGGGCAGGUUCUGGAGUUCAUGGUUGUUACAUUUGCGCCCUCUCCGGUUGACAGCACGGGGCUACGCUUUUCGGUGGGUUGGCGCUGUGU